CAUCAUAACUCACUACAUCUCUAACUCAUAAAACUUUUUCAUUAUCUCUCUCUAAAAUCUAAAUAAUAUGGCUGUUGAUUCUGCUAUCUCAUCGCCGCUGGGACCUCCAGCGUGUGAGAAAGAUGCGAAAGCUCUUCGGUUUAUCGAAGAAAUGACUAAAAAUUGUGACAGUGUUCAAGAAAAUGUUUUGUCUGAGAUUCUUACUCAGAACGCCGGUGUGGAAUACCUGCAACAAUGGAACCUCAAUGGUGCUACCGAUCGGGAAACUUUUAAGUCAAAAGUUCCCGUCAUUACCUAUGAAGACCUUCAGCCUUACAUCCAACGUAUCGCUAAUGGCGAUCGUUCUCCUAUCCUGUCGUCUCACCCAAUUUCUGAGUUCCUCACAAGUUCUGGUACUUCUGCUGGUGAAAGAAAACUCAUGCCUACUAUUGCUGCAGAAAUGGACCGAAGGCAGAAGCUCUACAGCCUUCUCAUGCCUGUCAUGAAUCUGUAUGUACCUGGGCUAGACAAAGGAAAGGGUUUGUACUUUUUAUUCAUAAAGGCUGAAUCAAAAACCCCAAGUGGGUUAGUGGCUCGUCCGGUCUUAACAAGCUACUACAAAAGCCAGCAGUUCAAAACCCGACCCUUCGACCCGUACAACGUCUACACCAGCCCAAACGAAACCAUCCUAUGUGUCGACUCUUUCCAAAGCAUGUACUCUCAAAUGCUUUGUGGCCUCAUAUACCGCGAAGAAGUGCUUCGAUGUGGCGCGGUUUUCGCCUCGGGCCUUGUUCGGGCCAUCAAGUUUCUCCAACUCAACUGGCAAGAACUGGCUCAGGAUAUCGAAAGCGGAAAGUUGAGCACCAAAAUCAUAGACCCCGCGGUUCGGGAUUGUGUUUCAAAGAUCCUAAAACCGAACCCGGACCUGGCCCGGUUUGUUAGAGAAGAAUGUUGUGAAGGGAAUUGGGAGGGGAUUAUUACUCGAAUUUGGCCCAACACCAAGUACCUUGACGUUAUUGUCACUGGUGCAAUGGCCCAAUAUAUUCCUAUAUUGGAUUAUUACAGCGGUAAUUUACCGAAAACGUGUACUAUGUACGCGUCUUCGGAAUGUUACUUUGGGUUAAAUUUAACCCCAAUGGUGAAACCAUCUGAGGUUUGUUACACCAUCAUGCCAAACAUGGGUUACUUCGAGUUCAUCCCGCAUGAUCCGUCGAAUCCGGUUACUAUUUCUCGUGAUCAGCCUCCUCAUUUACUUGAUCUAGCGGACUUGGAGCUAGGUAAAGAGUACGAGCUAGUGAUCUCCACAUACUCGGGUCUCUGUAGGUACCGCGUUGGCGAUAUUCUCCAAGUGAAGGGGUUCCAUAACUCCGCACCGCAAUUCAAAUUCAUUAGGCGAAAAAAUGUUUUACUCAGCAUCGAUGCGGAUAAAACCGACGAAACUGAGUUGCAAUCCGCGGUUGAAAACGCGUCCGAGUUGUUAAAAGAAUUUAACACGACGGUUGUAGAGUAUACUAGCUAUGGCGACACGAAGACGAUUCCGGGCCAUUAUGUUAUCUACUGGGAGUUGUUGAUUAAAGAUCCGACUAAUGGGCCCACUGAUGACGUGUUGGAUCAAUGUUGUUUGGCUAUGGAGGAGUCUUUAAACUCGGUUUAUCGACAAAGUCGGGUGGCGGAUAACUCUAUCGGGCCGCUAGAGAUCCGGAUCGUGCAAAACGGCACGUUCGAAGAGUUAAUGGAUUACGCGAUAUCAAGAGGGGCUUCAAUUAACCAAUACAAAGUCCCACGAUGUGUUAGUUUCACACCGAUCAUGGAACUACUUGAUUCGAGAGUCGUAUCGGUGCAUUUUAGCCCCAAGGCACCACACUGGACUUCAGAACGCCGUUUUUAAAAAAAUAAUUCAACAUUAGGGACAAAAAUUUGGUUAUCCACCAACCAAACAUGCUCCCUAGGAAUGUGGACCAAGAAAAUCUCCGUAGGUUUGAAACUGUCAAGUAUGGGAAAGUGAAGGGUGUAAUGUGUAAGAUUUCAGAUAGUGUGUACGAAUAACGUUUUCCGUUUGUCUUAUGUUGGUGUUUAGGUGAAAGUUGACAGAGAUUCUGUUUGUGGCAAGUGAAGUUCUUUUUACGAAAAGCAGAUUUUGUGUUGUCUCGAGGAGGAUCUAGGGGCUUUAUUGUAAACUAUAUUAUUGUUAAAGGAGGUUUGUUGGUAUGUUUGUUGAAUUGUGAGGUUUAUUGUA